CGGCUUAUCACGGCUUUGGCACAAAACGACCUCUCCAGAAUCAACGCCUUCUUUGUGGAAUUACCAGGUCCGGCGGCCCACUCGAUGAGCGCGUUCGUGUUCCUGACAUCGCCUAGACCGGUCCCCUAACCCGACCUCGCAAUGGCCCCCACGAUAGCUGUGCAGCCAUUGCUGGCCGACGUUCAAAAGAUCAUCGAUGAUAGCAAGAGCUUUGCGAAUGCUCCUAACCUCAUUCCAAUAUGCACAUCCAUUCCCUCCGAGUUCCUGACUCCCACCUCGAUAUACCUCAAGGUCGCUGCCAGCUCGCGCUCAAAGCAGUCCUUCUUAUUCGAAUCCGCAGCGACCUCUGAGACCAUUGGGCGAUAUAGCUUCGUCGGCGCCGAUCCUCGCAAGACGCUCGUUUCCGGACCAAAUCAUGGACUUGAAGCCGACCCUUUACCGCAGCUCGCUGCAGCGCUCGAGAAGUAUCGCGUCGCGCAGAUACCAGCACUGCGGCUGCCGCCAUUGACCGGUGGUGCGAUUGGCUAUGUCGGCUAUGACUGUGUCAAGUACUUCGAGCCGAAGACAAAGCGAUCGAUGAAAGAUGUGCUAGAGGUGCCAGAGAGCUUGUUCAUGUUAUACGACACCGUGGUGGCUAUGGACCAUUUCUUUCAAAAGGUGGUGGUGAUUAGCUAUCUGCAUGUGCCCUCAUCUGAUGCGACAUCGGACGCAGUGGCAGAGGCGUACGAGAAGACCAGGAAUGACAUUGCAGAAUUGGUGAAGGCAUUGAAGAGCAAAGACCUGCCUCUGCCACCACAAGGGCCAAUCAAUCUGCAGCAGGAGUAUAAGAGCAACAUUGGCCGUCCUGGUUACGAAGCACAUGUGACGAGGUUGAAGAAACACAUCGUGCAGGGAGACAUCAUCCAGGCAGUGCCAUCUCAGCGCAUUGCUCGCCCAACCAGUCUACAUCCGUUCAACCUCUAUCGGCAUCUUCGGACGGUGAACCCGUCUCCCUACCUGUUCUACCUGGAUUGUGAGGAUUUCCAAAUAAUUGGCGCCAGCCCGGAAGUACUGGUCAAAGAGGAGAACGGACGAAUCAUCACGCAUCCCAUUGCGGGAACAAUCAAGCGCGGAGCAACACCGGCGGAAGAUCAAGAGCUUGCAGACACACUCCAUGCGAGCAUCAAGGAUCGAGCAGAGCACGUUAUGCUGGUGGAUCUCGCGCGGAAUGAUGUGAACCGUGUUUGUGAUCCCUUAUCGACCCGAGUCGACCAGCUCAUGGUCGUUCAAAAGUUCAGCCAUGUACAGCAUUUGGUGUCGGAAGUGUCGGGUAUCUUGCGUCCGGGCAAGACGCGUUUCGAUGCUUUCCGCUCCAUCUUCCCUGCUGGCACAGUGUCUGGUGCGCCCAAGGUGAAAGCCAUGGAGCUGAUUGCGGAGCUCGAAGGCGAGAAGCGCGGAGUGUAUGCCGGCGCUGUUGGGUAUUUUGGGUACGGCACGAUCAACAUCACGAGCGGGAAGGAGACCGAAGGUGCCAUGGACACGUGCAUCGCGCUGCGUACGAUGAUGACCAAGGACGGCGUUGCGUAUCUGCAAGCCGGCGGAGGCAUCGUGUUUGAUAGCGACGAGGGGGAUGAAUACGAGGAGACGAUCAACAAGCUUGCGGCCAACAUGAGGUGUAUCGAGCAAGCGGAGCAGAUCCAUCAUGAGGAACAGCAAGGUGGGAUCGACACGCAGCCGGUGGAGUCUUGCUAGGACAGUCCGCAGUGUAGAGUUCGUAGCGACGGAGAAGUGACGAGUCGACGAGCAAAGCGGUGUCGAGGUACCUGUGCACUCGAUAGUCCAAACUUCUGUUUUGGGUGCACAAAAGUCUCACCGACUAUGAGACAGCGGCAAUUCCGUCAUAGCGCGAUGCGGAGGCGGCAUGCCGAGUGCAGAGUGCGUGUGGAGGGCG